UCUCUAAAAAUGUCAGGACGGUGGUAUCAUUUAUGAGCAAAGCCCUCGAAAGACAUACUGAGCUCAAAUGUUUCCGCUAUGUGCCAUUUCUAACUUCCCCUUAGAACCUCUGCAACCAUGGGCCCUCUUUCUCUCUCUAAACCACCCCAAAGCCCUCCCUAUCUCCUCCCUCUUUUCUCUCUGCACCACCCCGUAACUCCUUUUCCAAUUUCUCACUCGUUUUCUCUCGGUUCCCACCCCAUACUCUUAGAACCUCUGAGAAAUAGGGUUUUAGGGCUAGGGCUACCGUUUCUGAGAGGUUUCUAGGUUAGAAAUGGAGAUGGAUAGCUCUCGAAGACCGACGGACCGUUCGAUUCUAAAGAAGCCUAGGUUAAUCGAGGGCGUCGAGAGAGAUCGAGGGCCUAAUGGCCUUGUUGAGAGAGAAAGGCCGGGGCUUAGAGGUACCUCUGGCCCAUUGCUCCCUAGGUAUAGGUUAGAUAGAGAAGGGGAGAGAGGAAGAACGGAGGCUAAUGAAGAAACUGAUAACCCCAGAGAAAAUUCAGGUCGAGGAGCUCAGUUUCAGCAACAACACCACCUUCAAGAGCUCUUGAGCCAGUAUAAGACUGCUCUUGCUGAGCUCACAUUCAAUUCAAAGCCAAUUAUCACGAAUCUCACCAUUAUUGCAGGUGAGAACACUCAUGCUGCAAAAUGGAUUGCAGCUACUGUUUGCGGUAACAUUCUCGAGGUUCCAAGUGAGCAAAAACUUCCUUCUCUCUAUCUUCUGGAUAGCAUUGUAAAAAAUAUUGGAGGAGAUUAUAUAAAGUAUUUUGCAGCCAGACUACCUGAUGUAUUCUGCAAGGCCUAUAGACAGGUUGAUCCUUCUAUUCAUGCUGGUAUGCAUCAUCUUUUCCGGACAUGGAAAGGGGUGUUUCCUCCUGCCCCACUUCAGAUCAUUGAGAAGCAAUUGGAUUUUCCUCCUGCCACAAACAGUUCCUCUUCGGGAGCACCAGCUUCAAGGCCUGAUUCUCAGCGUCCACCACAUAGCAUUCAUGUAAAUCCUAAGUACUUAGAAGCCAGGCAACGCCUUCAACAAUCAAGCAGGGCAAAAGGAAUAAGCGCGGACAACAAUGGCGUUUCGUUGGCCGAUCAUAUGGAGAGUUCUGACAGAGCUAUGACCAGUGGGAGUCCAAAGCAGUGGCCGGACCUUCCUGUUAAGAACAUUCAGCGUCCUCAAAGUGGAGAGCCAUUGAGUGAAUCUUUGUUUGGGAAGAAGCCCAGCACAGGCUAUGGAGACUAUAAAUUUGCAUCAGAUCGUGCUAGGCGUUCAGACAUUAGAACUGUAAGAAGCAUUGAAAGGGUUGUUGAGAAAGAGGAGGGAUUGGACAGGGGUAGAUAUGGAGGAGUCGAAGGCACUACAACAAACCCACCAUUUGGACCAAAGAAUGGACACAGCAUGCCACAAUUACCUCAACGAGGUCUUACUGAUGCAUAUGGAAGUCAUAGACCAUCAAGGCCUGCUCAUGUGGUUCCUCAACUACCUCCUCCUCAGGAUGUUGCUGGCAAAAGCGGCAGAGGGGGGAUUUCCAGGAACUGGAAGAACUCUGAAGAAGAAGAAUACAUGUGGGAUGAUAUGAAUUCUAGAUUAACAGAGCAUGGAGGGGCUGAUAGGUCAUCUAAAGACCCUUGGGUUUCUGAUGAUGCAGGGAACCCAACAAGCAUGACAAGGGGCAAGUGGAUGCCAUCUGAGUCUGAUCCUCUAGAUGCCAACUGGAACUCACUGGAAACUUCAUCUCGGUUGGAGAAGCCCAUAGUCGGUGAAGAUGGAAUGUCUUUGAAAAGAGAGCCUGACGAUCCCCAAUUACAAUCCCAUGGUCAACAAGAUAUUGAUCCAAGGAGCAGGAGAGAUACUUCAGCUGAAUCUCCAUCUCAGGGAGGAGGACCCUCUGAAUUUGAGCGAAGACUGUUAUCUGGGUGGCCACCACAACAAAAUAUGAGCAUGUCCCAGUUAAGACCAAGGAUUCACCCAGUUGAUGGCUUGAUCCAAACAGGGUUACCAACCAGUUUGGCGUCAUCUUCUUUUGGGAAAGCUGGGAAUCAAUCCAACCUAGGCAUGCCUCUUGGGUCAAUUCCCUCUAGCUUUGGACCUACAUCACAAAUGAUACCUGGGUCAAGUGGGUUAUUUGGACACCAGAGACAACAACCUCAGAGACCUCCUUCACCAUCUUCUCAGCUUCCUUUUCACCAUUUACCUUAUUCCUCUCAGAUUCCACUUCAUCAACCACCCAGUCUGCAUGAUCUUGACCCCAUGCAACAAGCCCAAGCCCAGUCCUUUACUCAACCAGGUCAAAAGGGCUCACAAGCAAUAAAUCAGUCCACACAAAACCAGGAUUCCUUUUCUCCGAAGCGUCACAAUUCAAGCAUUUUGCAGAGUCUCCAAGCACCUCUACAGAUACAACCACCUCUACGUUUUCAUGGUGCUUCAUCUUCAUUACUGCCUCCCUCUAAACAAGGGCAUCACCAGCUCCACUUUGGACAGCCCCCCAAUCUAGAAAUUCCACAUGCUCAACCUCCAACUUUUGGACCUCCUCGAACUUCAGGUUAUUCUGGAGCAGGUCUCCCAAAGAACCUACCUGUGGAACCCCAGGGCCAGUCAAGCACAGAGACUUUACUGGCCACUAUUUUGCAAAGUGGAAUAUUGCCAUUAGAAUCUACUCCUUCAAAUACUCAGCCUUUAUCGACCAGUAGUUCCGCAAUCCCUAGGCACUCUGAUUCAAUGAGCACACCAUCAAAUUUGAACAUCCAGCCUCCGUUACCAACUGGUCCACCUCCCAUCCCGCAAACUUCUUCUUUGCCUGUAACAUCAGUCUCAUCCUUAUUGGGUCCUAACCCACUUGGAAAUAUGUCAUCAUUGUCAACGCAACCCGUUGGAAUGUUGCAGCCUCCACUACCUCCGGGCCCACCUCCUGCUUCUUCCAUUGCAGGUUCAUCACAGGCGUCAAGCACGGCAAGUGGUGUAUCUAAUCAGCUUUCAGGACUCCUUAGCUCACUCGUGGCAAAGGGCUUGAUUUCAGCACCAACCUCUGAGUCAUCAAACCCCCCUGUUUCUCAUGCCCCAACAGAAGUUCAGCACCAAACCGCAGUUGUUGCUACCAGUGCAACUUCAAUGCUUAGUUCUAGGAGCCUAGUUUCUUCAACUCCACCAACCUCUAUUCCUAUAGAUGAACCAGAGCUUUGGGUCUCUACUUCAAUCUCCAGCGCCCCUCCUCAAGCUCCAAGAGUAGAUACCAAGGACCCAAUAGCCAUUGAACCUAAUCUCAUAGGUAUUGAAUUCAAGCCAGAAGUAAUCCGGGAGCGACACCCAUCUGUGAUAAGUGGGCUUUUUGAUGCGAUGCCCCAUCGAUGUAGUGCAUGUGGCCUGCGGUUUAAUCGUCAAGAAGAGCUUAGCAAACACUUGGAGUGGCAUGCUUCAAAGAACCAUGAACAGAGUAGUGGAAAGAGAGUGUUGAGGAACUGGUAUGUAAGCUUGAGGAACUGGGUUGAAGGUGAUGUUGGGCCCUCAACUGGAGAUGCUUCCUUUCCCUUGGAUGAAAAGCUUUCCAAUGUAGAGAAAGAGGAACCUGUAGUCCCUGCUGAUGAGAGCCAGUGCAUAUGCAUUCUAUGUGGUGAGCCAUUUGAAGAUUAUUAUAGCCACGAGAGAGAUGAAUGGAUGUACAAAGGAGCCACAUACAUGAGUGGUAAUGGUGGGGAUGGCAGCUCUUCUCCAGUUUCCAUUGUACAUGUGAACUGUAUAUCAAAAGGUGCAGCUGAUGAUUUGCUAGAGGCUGAAAACGAUAAUGUGGUAUGUAGUAUGUGCACACAUGUAUGUACGUAUGUAUUUAGAUAUCUAUCCGCUAUGUCUGUGUAUCUGUAGGUAUGUAUGCUUGCCAAGUGUGUCUCCCUUCUUCAUUCUGGAAGUUGUGUGCACAUCGAUUUUUCUUGUGCCAUGUCUUGUUCAAUGAUGCUCAUCUGAACGUGAUCUACUUUUUUCUGGAGUUAACAAAACCUUUUUUAUCCUAAACUCCAGGGAAGAAACAAUUUUGUGAAUAAAUAAUAUUAAGCGUCUAAACCUGAUUACAAUCUAGGCCUGGGAAACCUCAUUUAAUGAACUUUGAUAAGGCUGCUUAAUAUGGUUAGACCCGAAAAAUUUAUUGUGGCCCUUCAUGUAGAAGCCCCAAAUCUCUGAUAUUAAUUCAGGAAAUAUUGCAUUUGAAUUAUAUCAGCAUCGGAUUUCACAUACAACUGGUGACUCUACACCUGUUUAGUUUGGUUUUCUGUUACUGAUGAUGACUUUAACUGUAUUCAUCAUUUAUGUCUAAGACUAAUUUGAUGCUGCUUUUCUUUGGGUCUUUGUGCAGGAUAAGGCAGAUGGUUGAGACUUAAGAACAAAACACACACUCUAUAUUUUUUUGUACUGCAGGUGUUAUGAAUGGAAUAUGAAUGCAAUCCACGCUUGUUGGUUUGUGCCUACAGUUGGGGAGCUAGACUCCCUCUUGAUCUUAUUUUUUGUUUCCAAAUUUUCUUCAUUGGUAAAGAAAUAGAUUUUCUGACAAGUUGCUUUCUGUGAGCUCUCUAAUGUGGUUUGCAUUUUGGUUGCCUACAUUUUGUUUUAGUUUGAAUCAGGACACAUUUAACAAACUGGUUUGUCAUUGGGAUUUCGGAGCAUUAUCGGAUAAUCGUUUAUGGAAAGCCCAUCCACAAUGGCUGGACUUGGGUUCAUUUCCAGUCUACCUUGGCACAGCAAAAAUUGUACCUUUAUAGUAUUGGCAGCUAAAACUAAUGAGAUCCUCAUUUUGGCUUUUUCAUACAACCGGGUACACAAUUGCGUUGGCAUCGACUUCAUGUUAUACAGUUAGUGCUAACUUUUCGAUGGACUUUAUUGAUCUCUCUCUUUAUCUCUCUAUACAGUUAGUGCGAACUUUUUUUUC